CUAAUAGACACAGAAAAAAGAAGUUUAGACCUCAAAAGCUCCAGUGGGACCCAAUUCCCCAAAUUGGUUGCCAGAGAAGCCUUAGAAAAAGAGCCUCCAGUUGCAUCUAUAUCUGUCAACAAACCCAACUACAAAAACCCCCCUCUCCCCCUCCCUCACUUGGCACAACUUUCCUACCUCAUUUCUCUCAUUCAGGCAUUUUCACAAACACCUUCUCAAGAAACGUUUCUUUUUCUUCAUAAUGGCCCGACCGCAACAGCGAUACAGAGGCGUCCGGCAGAGGCAUUGGGGCUCUUGGGUCUCCGAAAUUCGCCACCCUAUAUUGAAGACUAGAAUUUGGCUGGGAACAUUUGAAACGGCUGAAGACGCGGCACGAGCCUAUGAUGAAGCAGCAAGGCUUAUGUGUGGUCCAAGAGCUAGAACCAACUUCCCUUACAACCCAAAUGCAUCUCAGUCAUCUUCAUCCAAGCUUCUUUCAGCAACUUUGACAGCUAAACUCCACAAAUGCUACAUGGCUUCACUGCAAAUGACCAAACCAUUAGCUCCAGAGCCUAAAAAAGAACCAUCACCACAUCUCAUUGCCUCCAAUGCCUUUGCUGGAAAAACUUUUGAAAUGGGUAUGUGGUUCCCAGAAAAAGGACCAGAACUAGAGCCCAAUUGGGUUGUGAAGAAAGUUAAAGUGGAAAGCAGCCAGCAACAGUUCAAGCCUCUUGAGGAUGAUCAUAUUGAGCAAAUGAUAGAGGAACUGCUUCACUAUGGAUCUGUUGAGCUUUGCUCUGUUGUACCACCUCAGGCUCUUUAAUGUUGUCAGCUUCAAACAUCAUCCUAAACAACCUUAAUUAAUUCUUUCUCUACCUAUAAUCUGGUAUAUGUAUAUCAUUUCUGCUAAUGCCACUCAUUCAGCUAAUGUUUUAGACUUCUUUUUAAUCAGCCUACCCAAUGCCUUCUAUUUCUUGGACCUAAUAGUUCAGUCCUGUCCAUAGUUUUCUCCAUGUAACCAUUUGAAUGCUCCCAUAUGCCAUAUGCGACAUCAAACAUUUUAUAAUUGUAAUAAUUCUCCUGAUAUCAGUUUAUGCACUAGUUUUGACUUUUGAGCAUCAA